CUCAAGAAUGUAUUAAUUAUUAUAUGUAUUAAAUGAAAUUAAUUAAUUUAAAUCUAAUACAUACAUACAUAUAAACGAAUUGCUGUUCGUUAGUCUCUCUAAAACUCGAGAACGGCUGGACCGAUUCGGCUAAUUUUGGUCUUGAAUUAUUUGUGAAAGUCCAGAGAAGGUUUAAAAGAAGCUGCUGGCGGAGCGUGAGAGAGAACGCUCUUCUCUCAUAGCGCCAACCCGUUGCCGUGGCUGAAAAGCUGUAGGCUAAUUCAAAGGACCUCACCCGGAUCGGUACUACGUACGUACUAUGUGUCUGUUUGGAAACUAAGGAAGAACGAGAUACAAAAUGAUUUGGACUGUAGUUGUAUUGAUUAUUUUUAUAUUCUUGAUAUGGAAGGCUUUAGAGGAUGAGGAGAAUCCUCUUGACUCUCUUCCCGGACCAGAAAGGAAGCCGAUCAUUGGAGCCGCAUUGCGAUUCGUCAAUUUAAAUACAAGAGAAAUGUUUAUAAAAUUGCGCGAGUACCAUGCGAUGUACGGUAAUAGAUUCGUUGUAAAGAUAUUCAAGAGGAGAGUCCUGCAUCUGUCUAACGAAAAGGAUGCUGAGGUCGUAUUGUCGCAUUCGAAGAACAUUAAGAAAAGCAAGGGCUAUACGUUUCUGAGUCCUUGGCUCGGCAGCGGUCUCCUGUUGAGCACCGGUUUUAAAUGGCACAGCAGACGUAAGAUUCUGACACCAACGUUUCACUUUAACAUCUUGAAGAGCUUCUUAGAAAUCAUCAAGGACAAGAGUUGUGACUUGGUGAAGAGAUUGGAGGAGUACAGGGGCGAAGAAGUAGACUUGAUGCCCGUUAUCAGCGACUUUACAUUGUAUACGAUUUGCGAAACUGCAAUGGGCACCCAAUUGGAUUCAGACAAGUCAGCAGAAACCAAGGAAUACAAAAUGGCCAUACUACAAAUAGCAUCCUUGCUGCUCAACAGACUGACCAAAGUUUGGCUCCACAACGACUUAAUAUUCGACCAGCUUACAGUUGGGCGAAAGUUUCAGAAGUGCCUCAAACAAGUCCACUCUUUCGCCCAUAAUGUUAUAGUUGAGAGGAAACGACAACGAGCAUCUGGUAGAGACUAUUCUGUCGUUGCAGAAGAUGUAUUCGGUCGUAAAAAGAGAUUGGCCAUGUUAGAUCUUUUAUUGGAAGCGGAAGAGAAAAAUGAAAUUGAUUUUGAAGGAAUAAUGGAUGAAGUUAAUACAUUUAUGUUUGAGGGACACGACACAACUGCAGUCGCUUUAACGUUCAGUUUGAUGUUGGUCGCGGAGGACGAUCAAGUUCAAGAUCGCAUUUACAAGGAACUGCAAGGGAUUUUUGGAGACUCUGACCGUCGGCCAACAAUCAGUGAUGUAGCCGAGAUGAAGUACUUGGAAGCUGUAGUGAAGGAGACUCUGAGGCUGUAUCCAAGUGUCCCGUUCAUCGCUCGAGAGAUCACUGAGGACUUUAUGCUAGAUGACCUAAACAUAAAGAAAGGCUCAGAAGUAGUAGUCCACAUAUAUGAUCUGCAUCGUCGUAAAGAGCUGUUUGCUGACCCCGAGAAGUUCCAGCCCGAUAGAUUCUUGAACGGAGAACUGAAGCAUCCAUACAGCUUCGUGCCCUUUAGCGCAGGACCAAGGAACUGUAUUGGUCAACGCUUCGCGAUGCUGGAAAUGAAGUGCGUCCUCAGUGAGAUCUGUCGUAGCUUCAGACUAGAACCCCGCACUAAGGGUUGGCGACCUACCCUCGUAGCGGAAAUGCUUUUACGACCAAACGAACCUAUUCAUGUAAAGUUUAUUAAACGCAAACAAAGCUGACAA